AUGACCUAGAGUUUAAUAUCUUGUGAUAUUAUAAGGGUCGAAGACAAUAUAAUAGUGAGGUCUAAGAUGACCUAAUUAUAUUGUAAUUUUCUUUAAUCAAUCUCAUGCCUUAUGACCUUUGAACAUGUUUAGUCUUAUUUUGCAAACCCUUGAUUUAAUCUGAUUUAUUUAUAAAUUUGUAGUUAGUCAGUUUUAUAGUUUGAAUAGAAUCAUAUAAAUUGAUGUCUUUUGAAAAAAAAUUAUAUACAAUGAUAGGGCAUAAUAUAAACCUUGAAAUUGUUCAAUCAAAACACUUAAGUUUAGACUUGAAAGUCUCUAUUUUUAUUUCUUGCCAUAAAAAAACCAUCUUAUAUAAUUUCUAAGCCAUGCUUGAUAAUGUUAAAAACAUGACACUAACCAUGUUAUCUUUUUUUUGGGAAAAAAUAAAAACACAUGAAUUAAUUUACAAUCUAAGCUAGAAGCCUAAAUAAAAAAUAAUGCCAUGAAGAAACUUAAAAAAAAGAAAAAAAACACAAAACACAACUAAAUUAAAGACCUACAAAUGAAUUUUGCCAAAUGGAUUAUUAUUUACAAUGCAUAACCACUUGACCUCUUCUCCUUUGUAUAUCCACUACCCAAAGAUAGCAAAUAGGCAUUGAGCCAAAGUAGAAACCUCUUGGUGCAAAUGCCAGUUUAUUUCUUCUCCAUCUCAAACACUAUAAAUAUUAGAUAUAAUUGAUAAGAUGGCCACAAAGGCAAAAGUGGCAGCAAAUUCAAACUCUAAUACAUUGGUCAAUUUUGCCAUAUCGCUUUACUUCUUCAUAAACUCUUACCUUUGCCCACAUGAGAACAUUUUUUCUCAUGUGGACAAAAUGCCCUCUUGCAUCACCUCACCCUUGUGACCCACACUUGACAUUCUUUCAGCACUGCAACAAGCACACAAAACUUUUUACUUUUUACUUUUUAACUUUCUGCUUUUGCCCAACCCAUAAAAUAUUCAAGGCUGCCCAGCCCGAAAGGGUUCCGGUCUGCCCGUGGAUGAACGAAUGUUCCAGAAAUUCAUCCUCAUCGGGGUAGUUCCGCAGGAGCCGCCGGGAAGUCACGCAGACAGCUUACGACGAGACAGAGCUGGACAGAGGAACGAUUUCCCAUUGUUCUGAUGGCAUUUCCUGGUUUUUGCCGUUGAGGCUGGAUUUGCAGCAAUCCUGCUCUCUCUGAGCUUCCCCCUUCUUAACCCCCUGCGCUCCAUGCUUUGUCCUCCAUUCUUCUUCUUCUUCUGUCUGCUGUUUUCGGGUUCUGUAUUCACAGCCGUCGUUCGUCACCUCGGGUGUCUGUUCGCAGCUGUGACCUUGAGUUUUGUGUGCCUCUCUCUGUGUUUCGCGGAGAGUGGACUCUUGCUCGAGGCUCAGCUCAUUGGCUUUAAGACAUUGAUCAGGUUUACGUGCGGGGCAGAGGCUGUCGGAGUACACUGCGAGGAUCGCUGGGCAUAGCUCGAUAUUGACGACUGCCGCUCUGUUGAUUGAAAACACGCUCUCUGACAGGCACUUGUCAGUUGGAAACAUGGCAUGGAUGCCCAUAGUCGGGGAGUCAAUAUUCCGGUUCGAUGCGUCGGAUGUGGCAUGGAAGAAUGCUGCGCCGUGUAUGUCCUUGGUAGAUCCGAAGCUUCGAGAGGAUCGAGUUGACGCCUCGAACUUUGAGAGGAAGUCUCCGGUGUUCCUCCCGCAGUUUGAGAUGGAUGGCCGCCAGCAAGUUGCAGUGCUAUUGCUGCCUCUCAACACCACAUUUUAUGGCACUGGAGAGGUGGGUGGAUCGUUGGAACGCACGGGGAAGCGUAUAUAUACCUGGAACACUGAUGCGUGGGGUUAUAACCAAAGUACGACGUCAUUGUAUCAGUCCCAUCCGUGGGUUUUCUGCGUGCUGGCAACUGGGGAGUCUUUUGGAGUGCUUGCCGAUACAACUCUGCGUUGUGAAAUUGACUUAAGGAAGGAGGCGACUAUCAGGAUUGCAGCUGCAGCACCUUACCCCUUGAUCACGUUUGGACCAUACCCUAACCCUGAAGCGUUGAUUGUUGCUUUUGCUCAAGCAACCGGCACCAUACAAUUGCCUCCAAAGUGGGCUCUUGGAUAUCAGCAAUGCAGAUGGAGUUACGAAACAGCAGAAAAAGUAUCGAAGAUUGCACACACCUUCCGGGAGACGAACAUCCCCUGUGAUGUUGUCUGGAUGGACAUCGAUUACAUGGACGGAUUUAAGUGCUUCACCUUCGAUAAGGAAGUAUUUCCAGAUCCGAACGGACUUUCAAAUGAGCUGCACAAUAUUGGUUUCAAGGGGAUUUGGAUGCUUGACCCUGGAAUCAAAGUAGAGGAAGGGUAUGAAGCGUACGAUACUGGUUCUGCAGAGGACGUCUGGAUCCAAUCUGCCAAUGGGAAGCCUUAUGCCGGCGAAUGUUGGCCUGGACCAGUCUCAUUUCCCGACUUUACAAAUGAGAAAACCCGUAAGUGGUGGUCAAAGCUAGUGAAGAAGUUCGUAGCCAACGGUGUAGAUGGCAUCUGGAAUGAUAUGAAUGAGCCGGCAGUGUUCAAGACUGUGUCCAAAACCAUGCCAGAGACUAAUAUUCACCGAGGAGAUGAGGAAGUUGGAGGUGUUCAGCCCCACUCAUACUACCAUAAUGUUUACGGUAUGUUUCAAGCGAAAGCAACGUAUGAGGGGAUGUUGCUCGCCAACAAAGACAAGCGACCAUUUGUGUUGACACGAGCAGGUUUUGUUGGUGCUCAAAGAUUCGCUGCCACCUGGACGGGUGACAACCUGGCAACUUGGGAGCAUUUGGGGAUGAGCAUUCCCAUGGCCCUCAACUUGGGCUUAAGUGGGCAGCCAUUUUCAGGUCCUGACAUUGGUGGAUUUGCUGGAGAUGCGACUCCGAAGUUGUUUGUUCGGUGGAUGGGUAUCGGUUCAAUGAUGCCGUUUGCUAGAGGUCACUCCGAGAAGGGAACCAUUGAUCAAGAGCCGUGGUCCUUCGGUCCAGAAGUGGAGAACCUUUGCAGAUUUGCUCUCAACAGGAGAUAUCGGUUUCUGCCCCACUUUUACACUCUGUUCUACCAGGCUCAUUUGAAGGGCUUGCCAGUAAUGACUCCCUUGUUCUUUGCUGAUCCAAGCGACCUUUCACUGCGGAAAAGAGACGACGCUUUCUUGCUGGGGCCUAUUCUCGUUUCUGUUAGUCUUACUCCAAAGAACCGAAAGGAAAACCUGGAGGGUGUUCUUCCCAAAGGCAUUUGGCAGCGCUUCCAUUUUGGAGAUGACAAUCCGGAACUUCCACUCUUGUUCUUGAAGGGCGGAGCAAUUGUUCCAACUGGACCAGUUAUUCAGCAUGUUGGUGAAGCCAAGCUCACAGACACCAUUACCUUGCUAGUUGCUCUUAAUACUGAAGGAAAGGCGGAGGGCAUGCUAUAUGAGGAUGAUGGUGAUAGCUUUGGUUUCAAACAUGGGAAGUAUUUGCUUACUCACUACGAAGCUCAGCAGUUCAAGGAGGACGGUGAUGAGGUCGUGGUUAGAGUUGUUCAUUCUGAAGGUCAGUGGACAAGGCCCAAUCGCAAAUUGCAUGUGCGACUCCUCCUUGGAAGUACAACAGAGGUUGAAGGCGAAUGCAAAGAUGGAGAGGAAUUGAGGAUCAAGUUGCCCUCAAAAGUUGAAAUCAAUGAGCUUGUGCAGUCCAAUCGAAAAAUUAAUAUUGCUGAAAGAGAGAAGUCACAGAAUCUCUUAGAUGUAGUAUUUGAGGAGCACGACAGCAUCAAGGGAGUUGGCGCUGUGCUUCUGCCAAUCGACCUACAAGCUGGCAAUGUUACAGUCAAGGUGGUACCAUGGAUCGGUGGCCGCAUAAUCUCCAUGAUACACAAACCGUCAGGCUACGAGUGGUUGGAGGGAAGAUUUGAGUCUGGGUGUUACGAAGAGUAUAGUGGCAAUGAGUUCCGGUCUGCAGGCUGCACUGAGGAGUAUAAAGUUGUCAAGCGGGAUAUGCAAGCUCUGGAUGGCCAAGAGUUUGUGAGCUUGGAAGGAGACAUCGGUGGUGGUUUGAUUUUGGCUCGAGAUGUUCUCGUCGCGAAAAACAACCCUGAUAUUGUGAGCAUUAACUCCAGAAUUGAGGCAAGGUCAGUCGGUGCCGGCUCAGGAGGCUUCUCAAGGCUAGUGCGUCUUCGAGUUCACCCACUGAUGAAGCUGGUUAAUCCUCUAGAUUCUGUGAUUAAGUUUACUGAUAUUAAUGGCGAUCACCACGAGCUUCGAGCUACCAUGGAGUUCGGAGAGCACACAUACGAGGGCACCUACAGACCAAAUGGUGAGUGGAGGCUGGACGACACAGAGACUGGGCUAGCAAUAAUCAACAGAUUCGACCUCAAUCAAGUUGCAUUAUGUCUGAUUAGUUGGGGCCCUGGUUCUGUGACACUUGAGCUUUGGUCUGAGGAGCGCCCUGUGUCGAAAGAGACGCCCAUCACUAUCACUCAUGAGUAUGAGUUCAUCGAUACUAAUGUGUAGAAGAAAUAUCAAAGUAGUCUGCAGGUCUCAUAUCAAGCUGCUGUCGUUCAUGCUUUUAAGAUUUAGUGGCUAGUCAAUAGUGGAGUGCAGUAUAAAUUUUCGGGUGAGAGAUGUACCUCUCUUCCUCCCUUUUUUUUAUUUUUUUAUUUUUUUGAUACUUCUGCAGCUGUAGUCUCGGAAGUUAGAAUUAUUUAUUCUUGCAAUAAUCGUUGGGAUUGAUUCAAACAUCCACAUUCUGUUCACGAUCGCCGAGUUCCCUCAGUCUGAUGGCACUUGUGAUAAACCAUAUUACGAAUAGUAUCAAAAUCUGUUUUUUUUUUCUAUUCUAACUUGUCAUUGUAGUAGGA